AUGCCAAUAAGGAAUUGGUCUGCUAGCACUCCGCAAGAGGGGUUGCCAUCCGCUGUGAGUAGCCAUAACGGCAGCCGCGACGUUGGGCCAUCUAGUGCUGUGCCUCCCAGCGUUGAUAAAAAUGGCAAUAAAAAUUGCACAAACCAGCGCAGUGGUGCAGAGAACUCAGCGGAAGCUUCGUCAUCGAGAGGUCUUUUUGGUGGAAUGGAAAUUGUGCGCACACGCCACAGGAAGUCGGCAGGGACCACUGCGGGGUCACGCACACCGCGUGAUGAGUCCCUGCCUUCGGCACAGCAAGUGAAAGAAUACAAUCCACUGAUGGAAUCUUCAGCGGGGGCGAGUCCAUUUUUUAUGCGUUUUGAAUUAUCGCCGGCUGCUGUGCGGGACGAGGUGGAGGCGCCGCAAGUCACGCAGAUGCGCCAACGACUGGAGCGGUUUUUCGAAGAGUACGUGCCAUCGAAGUUGUCGCAGGUGGAGAGAACCAUAAAGAAAUUUAUGGGGAGGGAGGAGGAACUUUUUACGCGGCUGGUCGCCAUUUACGGACCGGAGCCCAGAGAACUCAAGGCCAGUUCCCUUCCAAAAGGGGAGAACAGAAUCCCUUCAGGCACCGCGAGCGAGGCGGAGUCGGCGUUUGAUUUUAUUUCCAGCGCGGCGAAGAACCAAAGCCACGAGAAACGAAAGGGUGCCGCUGCUGAGGCACCAUCUUUGGCUGGUGGACUUCCCUUUAUGCACGGAGAAACUGAAGAAGUGCCUUCGCGGCAAAUGUCAAGAGAAGCGGAUCAUACGCCUCUUGACAGUGUGAGUAAACCAAAAAAUGCACUUGGCCCUGCUGCGUCGAGGAGGAUUGGAAGGCCGUCUUCAAGUUUUGAUUUUUUGUCAACCCCGGCUUUUGCUGCCGCCCAGAUGGCACCCCUUCAUGCCACUGAAGAGAAGGAAGAGGAAGUAGCACAAAGUGCAGAGUACAGGGAAACCGAAGCAGCAGAAAGACCUCCUGUUUACAGAAAUGUCUUGGAGUUGGAUGAAAGCAAAAAGGGCAACAAAAAAGGAAAAGACACCACGGAGAACACUGGCAAGGUCCCUUGCAACAUGAAACACAGGCGCAGCGGCGAGAAAAGUAGUUGUUGCGCUAAAACCGAAGAAACUGACGAUGUGAGCGAAUCGGAGACCAUCUGGGAUCGUCAACGGCGUGAAAUUCGGGAAUUGCAAGAUGAAGUCUUGUUGGCCCGAGCGAAUCUCUCACAUGUGCUGGACGAAAUCCGUACAUCUAUUGAGCAGCGUCGUGAUUGUAUGACGACCAUAAGCAAACUCGAGAAUCGCAUUGAGGAAUGUGUGGCGCAGGAGGCGUUUGAGGAGGCAGAUCAUCUUAGCGGUGAUUUAGAGCAGCUCAGGAUACAUGUGAAGGAGCUCGACAAGGCACCGGUGCGGCUGUUAACGUCUCUAGGCCAACAGCGGGAUGCGACGGUAGGGAUGGUGCGUUCUCUUGCAAAGCUGUUGCAGAAGCAUCGACAGGAGCUUAUUGAUUCCAAAGACGAAGAAGAUCGGCGUGUGAGGAAAUUUAUUGAAGAAGUGACAUUCAGCCUGGAGACUCGAAAAGGAAGGGUGAGUACCGCUAUGGAGCGGGCGGAGCGUGUGAAAAAGAGCGCAAUGCGGGAGCAAAAAAGUCUUUUGGAGCGCAAGACAAGCUUGAGGGAGAAGACGUUGAAGCAGAACGAAGGACUGCGGGAAUUACAAGGGCAGCUUUUGAAUGAAAAGAUGGGCAUUGACGCCGAGAUUGCGACGUUGGAGGCAAAACUUGCAAAACUUCGUCAGGCAAGUGCGGAAAAGGAGGCGGAACUGCAGGACGUGACGUCAAAUUUGAGACGCAUGGAGGCCAAACAGGAGUCGAUGGAAAAUGACAUUGACAGUCUCAUCAAAGAGGAGGAGGAUCGAAUGCAUCGCGCUGCCGCCGAUCUUGAGCAACUCCAGCAGGAGAGCGACGUGCUGCAUGCCGAGACGAUUGAGUUUGACACAAAGAGGGAGUUGCUCCUGUCGGAGCUGCAGGAUGGCGUGACGAGAAUUGACAGCUACGAGCAGCGCCGGACGUUACUUGAGACGGAGACACUUUCGAAUCUACAGCUGUACACGAACUCUGUGGUAGAGCUUUUACGACUGCGGAAUGCGGGCCGCGGCGUCUUGUUUACUUCACCAUCACUGAUAUCGUCUGAGGCCGACGCAUGUGCGGGGGUAGCGGAGGAGGAGGAAUCGCCUGUCUUGCACAUAAAUCGACUAGAAAAGCAGCUGUCUGCCAUCAACGCGGAUGACGAAACAUGCGAAGCGCUUGUCGUGUCUCUUGGGGUGCAGCUGACGGAGAUGCGUAAUAAGAUCCCGCUCCUUGAGUUGGCAAAGAAGAAUGCGGCGCAAGCAAUGCGAUUCAAAGAAGCUCAGCUCAAGGCGGACGAGAUACGACGGUUGACGGCCUCUAUCGCUGAAACCGCUGCCGCAGCGGAGGACGCUCAGGAGAGAAUUCGGGCUAACGCGUUAAAACGGUCCUCCCUGCAGCAGCAGAUGGUCGAUGAGCGUUCCAAGGCGGCCGAGCGGGUGCGGGAGUUUCUUACUCGAUACCAUGAUACUCUUGAGGCGGCAGUGACGGCUACAUCGGCAAGUGCCUCCCCGAACGUUUUGCAGCUCCCAGAAGAGGAUCAAGGCCACGAUGAGCUUGCGGAGGCCAUGCAGCUGCUGAUAGCCACGCUGCAGCAAGAGUGCUCGGAUGUUUUGGUGCCCGAAGGGGAGGAGGAAAUGGCCAUGGCGAAUGAACCUUUAGAAGACAUGCCCGAGGAAAUAAAGACGGAGAAGAUGGACGAAGAUUUGGACGUGCAGGAAGUGCAGGAUGCCUCAGAGGGAACUCGAGAACAAUGA